CGAGAGACUGCGCGGAGGGCGAGCCGAGGGACUCCAGCGCCGGCCGAGCCGAACCGGGGGGGCCGCCGACCUUCUGACAUGAUGUCCUACAUCAAGCAACCCCAUUACGCGGUCAACGGGCUCACCUUGGCCGGCCCGGGCAUGGACUUGCUCCAUUCGGCCGUCGGAUACCCCAGUAAAUGGUUUGCAUGCCCUGCAGCCACCCCACGGAAACAAAGGCGCGAGCGCACGACAUUCACUCGAGCCCAGCUGGAUAUUUUGGAGGCACUGUUCGCCAAGACUCGCUACCCGGACAUCUUCAUGCGCGAGGAAGUGGCCCUGAAGAUCAACCUGCCUGAAUCCCGAGUGCAGGUGUGGUUCAAGAACAGGCGGGCCAAGUGCCGCCAGCAGCAGCAGCAGAGCAGCGGCCAGGCCAAGGCCCGUCCGGCGAAGAAGAAGACCUCCCCCGCCCGCGAGACCAGCUCGGAGACCAGCACGAACGAGCAGUACAGCCCCCCGCCGGCCGGCACGUCGGUGACGCCCAGCUCCAGCGCCAGCGCCACCGUCUCCAUCUGGAGCCCGGCCUCCAUCUCGCCGAUCCCCGACCCCCUGUCCGCCUCGACCACCCCCUGCAUGCAGCGCUCCACCGCCUACCCCAUGACAUACACCCAGGCCCCUGGCUACACCCAGACCUAUGCCGGCUCGACCUCCUACUUCAGCGGCCUUGACUGCAGCUCCUACCUGUCCCCCAUGCACCCGCAGCUCUCUGCGCCCGGCGCCGCCCUGAGCCCCAUCGCCACCCCCACCAUGGGCAGCCACCUGAGCCAGUCGCCGGCCUCGCUCUCCAGCCAGGGCUAUGGGGCGGCGGGGCUGGGCUUCAGCUCGGUGGAUUGCCUAGACUACAAGGACCAGGCAGCAUCCUGGAAGCUCAACUUCAAUGCUACCGACUGCUUGGAUUACAAAGACCAAAGCUCUUGGAAAUUCCAGGUCUUGUGAAACGCCGUCCACACUGCGCCCCUCCGAAAAGCCGCCUCCCCCUUCGCGUAGCAUCUUGGGACAGCCUCUCCUGUCCACGCUUGGCACAAGACUCGCUGUUUCCCCUCUUGAUUUCCCAGGCUUCCCCCCACCCUCCUCCAGAAGAGGAGAGUUCUUCUUCUUUCUUUCCUCGACCAGGUUACACAGACUUUGGCAUCGCUCUGUUUUUGGCGCUGUUUCCGGAAGCUCUCAUCCGGCAACAGGUCAAGGAGAAGACGUCUAUGCAAAGGUAGGAACUCGUGUGCAGCCAUCGCUUCGUACACUCAGCCCUCAGACCUGCAGAUGCUUGGCCUGGAUUCAGCCACUGAAAUCUCCAGACAACCUCCCACUAGCUGGGAUAGCCUGCUGUAUCUUGAUCCCAGGGUUCCAAGCCUCGGGGGAUGAAUGGACCUGUCUGGCCACAAGCAGUAACAGAACAGUCGGGUUGGAGGUUGGAAUUUUCUCCUGGCACAUGCUUCGGCAUGUUCGAAAUGACAAUUUCUACAGCCAGAGCAAAGAGUGGACAAUGUUUUCAAGAGCAUUUCCUCUCAGAAGCCACGUCGGGUGCUCUCAGUCACUCGCGCUCUCCCUCAAUUCAUAUUGAACAACAGCAAGAAGAGUAGCUGAGUCGAUGGCCGAAAUCAGCGUGAGGAAGUUUCUCUAGCACCCAGCUCAUUUCAGUUGCCUGCCAUGUUACAGCAAUAAGAAGCAGAGGACAGUUUGCCAACCCUGUUAAGUAAAGAAAAAUACAUGGAACGUGGGCAGUGUCCUAUUCGCCAUCCAAAUCACAGUAUCUUAACUGCAGGAAUGAGGUGGAGCUGGCUUCUGCGCUGGUCUUGGCCUCUCUGUGCCGCAGUCUAAGUGAUCUUUUAGGGCCCCCUGGGCUGCAAGGCCCUGGAUUUUGGUUCCAGGGUCCAGCACUAGCCACGCCUCUGCAGAGAGGAGACCAGCAGAAUGGGAGAUGAAGCCAAGCUUCUUGUCGCUGCAUCUUCAUCGGAAGCGAGAUGCUCUCUGAAGGAAGCAUUAAAACAGACUGACAAGAACAUAAUUGCUUCUGUGCCCCCAUGCAUUAAGG